UCCUGAGGGGAGACAAAAUGGCGGCGGCCGCGGGGGGCGCUGAGGGGCGGUCGCCGCCGUCCGGGCUGUCCCCGCGGCCGGUGUCGCCGCCCUCCCCCGGGUGGGGAAGCGCCGUUGUGGUGCUGAGCAGCGACAGCGAGCCCGAGGUGGUUCCUCUGGCCGAGCGGGUGAAGAGGAGGCUGUCCCGCGGCCUGCCCUCAGCGGAGGGGAGCGCGGCCCGGGGGAAGGAAGGGGGAGAGCGGCCGUGUGGGAGCGGGGAGCGGCCGGCGGCUGGCGGCGGGGGGCAGGGUGACACGGCCGGGGUGCUGGUGGCCGAAGUCAGGCCUUGGGGAGGCACAAACGGCGCCGCAGGGGCUGAGAGGGCGGCUCGGGGCCUGCCACAGGCCGCUCUGGCAGAGCCUGCAGCCCGGCCCGGCGGGUCCCCACCAAGCGGAGGCAGCGCAGAAACUUCCCCCGCUCCCAAGAAGAGAAAAUAUAGCCAGAAGGAGAGGGAGGCGAUGUGCCAGGCUGCGUGGCAGAGGAGAAAGGAACGAGAAGCGCGGAAGAGGCAGCAGGAGCAGGAGAAGGAAAGGAAGAAGACCCUUGCCAAGAUCCUGAAAGCUCAGAGACCAGGGGAGUGCCGGAAAUACAUAACGGUGGUGCUGGAUCCAGGUAUUUUACAGGUAGAAGGUGGUGCACAGGUCCUUGCUGCCUUGCAGUCCGCAAACUAUUCCUGUGUGGUUGAGAGUCAGGCUGUUCCCUGCAGCAUCACCUGGAGGAGAAAGGCUGUGAUACCUCAGACUGAAGAUGGUGAUGAAUGGACAGAAGAGCCAAAUGUCCUGGUUCUGCUUCGCUUGGAGGAGUUUUUGUCCAUGGUUCGCGGCUACAAGCAAGAGGCCCAGGGCUGUGCAGGAGAUAAGGAGACCUUACAGAGCUUUGUAGCUCAGGUUAUGAAGAAAAUGCCUGGAAAAAUUUUGGCACUGACAGUAGUUGAAGUAGAAAAGUAUUUCAGAUGUCUCAGAGCUCAGUCGAAAAAGAGGCUGCAACAGGCAACAAUGCACGGAAAUCAAGGAGAAGAACAGAGGAGAAAGGAAGCUAAGGAUUCCGGCCUGGAGAUAUCCAGACUGGAUGUGGAAGAAGCCUUGGUGGAUUUGCAGCUGUGCACACAAGUCCAAGUCACUUUUUUUGCGAGCUGGGAGGAGCUUGGAGAGUUUGCCACUAUGUUCUCAAAAGCUGUAGCUGAAGCACCGUACAAGCGAGAGCAAGAGAAGACUGGAUUCUCUUUCUACUUAGAGAACAAGUGGUGCAGAGGUGUGAAGGUGGAUCCCUCUGGAAAGGGCCUCUUUGAAGUCUGGAAGAGGCAGAUACAACAAUUUAACCGGGUCAGCCUGGAGAUGGCCGAGGCUGUUGUGUCUGCAUACCCUUCUCCUCAGCUUCUGGACCAGGCCUAUAGUAGAUGCUCCUCAGAGCAGGAGCGGGAGAACAUGCUGGCUGAUAUCCUUGUGCGCCGCGGUGAUGGUGUGACAGCCACCUCCCGCCGGAUCGGACCAGAACUUUCCAGGCGAAUCUAUCUGCAGAUGACUUCUCACGAUCCUGACCUCUAUCUGGAUGCCACCUGAUAGCCCAAGUGAAUGAGGAUUUUGUGGUUUCCCUGGUUUAAAUAUUCUGCUCCCUUCUGGGAAGACGAGCUUAGGUAACGCGUGGGGUCAUCACUCGCAGUUUAAGGACUUUAACCACGUACAGUCUUUUCUCAUGGUGGAAGAAAUCUGGAUAAAAUUGCGGAAUGGCUGGGGUUCACACAAAGGUGGUGAAUGUCUUCUGUAACAGCGUGAGAUGGACAUGCCUUACAGCACUGAUGGUGCCUUUCUAUUUAUCAAGAGCUCUUCCUAGGAAAUAAAUCAUUUUGUAUAAUGCUUUUCAUUGCUUCCUAACGCGCUGUCUUGACAGUAGUCAGCUGUGACCAGGUGGCCUCCAGAGGUCCCUUCCCAUCUCAAGCCGUUCUGUGACUGUGGUAUGUCUCCUGUUGAAAGGAGUGUUUGCUGCUGGUAUCCUAAACUGCAAGUAGUUUCCUUCUCUCUCCAGUGUGAAAAACUCUAAUGCUCAAAGCAGUAUGGUGCUGCCCCAGCACCUGCUCUAGUGAGGGGGAAGAAUUCACCUCGCCAAAUAGACUUUUUCAGUUUUCCACUAUGGCAGAUGGGAAUGAGUGAGACUAAUUUUCGGAUUUAAAUUUAGACUGCCCUGAUUCGGUCUCCAGACAGCUUAAUCUACAGAGGGUCGUGAAAUCUGAUUACAUGUGUUGGAAUUAUGAGGUCUAAACAGUUGGCAGAAAAAAGCUUUCUUUUAAUUAGAUUGGGGACCACGCUUGCCUGUCCACGAAGCCAUCAGCACUGAUGCGCGCCCAAGGGAGGCUGAGGUCUUGCGCUACAGAGGCACUUACUGAGAUGAGUGCCGAGUGAAUUAGGCUGCAUCCAAAGCAUGGAAGUCGCCCUUUGGAAAGGGGGAACGUUUUUCCAAUGAAAAAUCCUGAGCUGUGACAGCUUCACACACUCAGCGGGUACCUUUGCGCAGCCAGUAGCAUACUUCGGACCUGAACUGAUAAAUCUUAAUAGCUUUGCAGUUGUUAUUUUAAGCAACACCUUCUCUUAAAUAGCAGAGCAGCAAAUUCCUGCCAGAUGCUGAGAGGAAUGGAUACAGAGGGGGAAUGUUGCUUUGAGUGGUGUUUGCGAUGUUUCUGAACGCUUCCAGACAGUAAGCAAGGAUCUUUUAAAGACUAUAGUGAGUUAAAUACCAAAGCUAUUUCAAGGAAGCUUGGAAAACGUACGUACUGCUAAGCUAGAGAGACAGGCAGCCUUUCCUUCCUUUUAUCUUAAAUCUGUUGCUUUCUUCUGCAAGGUUGUGAGAGAACUUAUCACUGGACUAUGGAAAGGUGAGGGCUUACUGUUUGAGUGAUGACCUUGAUGUGAAAUGCUAUGGGUGACUUCCUCGUGGCAAUGCAGCAAGAGUGGGACAGAGUAAUUGCCGUUCCUCCUGGCAGUGCAGUACUGCAGUCACCAAUAACUCCAGGUAGCGCCAGAGGGGGAGCCGUCCUGGUGGCUGGUGUCGGCACGUCUCAGUGGAGUUUGGAGCGUGGCUGUUCUGAAACCUGCGCUCGCAGCGGUACAGCUGCACUUCAGUUUAACGCUCAUGAACCCUUUGAGGACACGACCAACUUCUGUUUGUUUUUCUCUUACAGAGAUUAUUUAUAAUUAAUAGGCCUUUGUACAGCUGAGUUUUCUUCUCUAGGUGCAACCUGCCAAACCUCCCAGCCUUUGCAGCAGUGGUCCCAAGGUGAAGUCCAUUUCUGCCAGGCUGCCGUAGUGUGUGACGCUGCAACAGUGCCACCCAGUGCUGCCUACUGCUGCUACAGGCAGCCACCCAUCCCCUGGCUUUCCGUGAGUGUCAGACCCCCUCUAGUUACACGCAAGAAAAGAGUCUGCAGACUGGCAAGAAGCCCUUCUAAGCUGCAGCUCCUUUGUUGGCACUAGCUGGCUAAAAUGAGUGGUUACUGUAUGCAGCCAGAGGUUAUUUUUAAACUACUAAAAUUAUUUAACUCCAAUUAAAACAACGGGUGUUCUGCAUUAGCAACACAAACAUCCAGUGGAGACAAAUUGAUGCGAAAACUGUUGUAUUGAAAAUUUUCAGCUUUUUUCAAGAGUACAUCAGCUUCUUCACUCCAACAUAAGGAUGCGCAGCCAUUCCACAAACUUGUAAUUGGUCCUGGAGGAGGCCUACAUGUAUCAACCCCAUACAGCCAUAUCACUGAUUUUUAGCAUUAACAGAAAUGAGAGCAAGAAAUGGAUAUGUAUUACAAAACUUAUACCUCCAUUAUAGAGCUAUAGCUACCUAGAUAACUGUAAGGCUUUUUUUUUUUUUUUUAAUUUCCCCCGCUUCUAUAAAUUGGCAACUUUCUGUA